AUCCGUUCGCUAUCGAUUGGCUUUCUUACAAUAACCAAUAACUAUCGUGGGUUGUUACCACCGAUCAAUCGUUUGGAGCGGAUAGCGCUGUCGCGAGAACCUUCAGCUCAAGCAUUCGACACUGAAAGGAGACAUAAUAUCACCUGAGGUCCGCAGAACGCCUUCGAAGAGCGGCUUAUGGCUCUGUCGCAUCCCAUCGGAAGGGAUGUGGCAUUUAUGAAGAAGCUCAGGGCGUUACUUCUACCUGGUGCGCACGAGUGGGGAGUCAGUGUUUAUCAUCGCCAUGAGGAAGGCCGCAAUCGUUUCAAAUGGCCUAAAGAGUGGAGAGUGUACAGUUUUGACGACAACAAAGGGCAUUCUUUGAACCAAAAGCAUGUUAGGCGCAGGCAAGAUAUGUGGUGGCAAAGAAGGAAACCGAGUGCAAAGACCGACGACCCGUCACGUACUGCUGCAGCAGACUUGCACAGUGGGAAUACCAGCAGACAAAGCUCUUCUGACUCGAUAGUGCCAAGCACUGAUGCCCAUCAAAUCGGCUUCGAUGGUGGAGAUACUGGCCGUGGACAGCACUUGCUGGAACACACACUUGAGGACGACAACGCCUCCCAUCACUCCGAUGCCGGCGAAAGCUUAUGGUACCACAGCGACGAAGGAAGCCAUAGCGGUAGCGUACAAACAUCUGAGGACGACAGCCUCUACCGUGACUCCGUUACUAGCCAAAGUCUAUGGUACGACAGUGACGAAGGCAGCCAUAGCGGUAGCGUAGAUAGUGACUUGAGUAUUCAUGGCUGGGAGCCCUAUGUCGAUCAAGUAGGUUUACAGGGUGAUUGGCAUUUCAUCGAUGCCGACUGGAGUAAUUUCGAUUUCGAGAAUUGAAAUUCUUGUCUGACGCGGAGUUCCCUAUGGAUGCAGCAGGAUUAGAAGGGGGUGAGUGGUUUCCAUGGAUGAUGGAGGACCUCGUCAAACAUUGUAAUAUGCUUUACGCGGCAUUGACUCGAAGCAUGGACCCGACUGUUUCUGAAAGAUCGAUCCUAGUACAGAUUGGGUUCCAGGACAGGACA